AUGACCACCAUCACCACCGAACGAAGCCCAGUGCUCCUGAGAGCCACGAGCAUGACGGGGGGUAGCCCCCGGUUGUCCCUGAAGCGCGAAAUAUCUCCUCCAUCAGCCUCCGAUCCACAGCUUCUCCAUAUCCACGAGCGUCUGAACCAACUUGAUGCAAAAGUAUUCGACCUUCGAUCAUCUGCUCUGACCAAGGAGUCGUAUGUCGACCGCCGGAACAAGGAAGAUGAGUUCCUUCGACGAGAGUUUGAUCACCAGCGAGCCAUCACGGCUUCUAUUGAGGCUGUUGUUGGCAAGACCAGAUCAGACGUCUCCCACCUCAAGUCAUUGAAGACCGACCUCUCUUGCCUUGGAGCGGAAAUCUUCCAGCUCAGAACAAGCGUGAACCAUAUAUCUUCCAAGGAUGGAUUCUUGCAUUCAGAUAUCACCCAGAUUCGAUCCCAUCUCGACCAGCUGCAACACGAUGUUCAGCGUAUGCACUCUGACGUGUGCUCCACCAGGAUCGAUGUCAGCGGUGUUCAAGCUUCCGUCAGCCAGCUUAAGAUCGACCUCAUGACGAUGCAGAGAGAUACAAGACAACAGUUCAAGCAUAUGGAUCGAAUCAGGUUCAACUCGCUCGCAAUCACCGCACACGCUCCCAUCACCCCUGUCCCUGUUAUUGGGGAUGAUGGCUCGAUCAAAUUUCCCAGCUACUUCCCUCGAACCGUCUGGAACUUUUGGUGCUUGAAGAAAAUGAAUAGGGCACAUCGUCUUGUUGAACUCGCGGAGUUCUACCAGCUCGAAGGUUAUCAAUACUGGAGUCGCAUGGCGAGUCCUCAUGAAUCAACCUUUGCCGCAGACGGGUAUAUGAGCGAUGAUAGUGACUCCAGUGAGUUGCCAUCUGACAUCACUCGAUCCGAGGCUGCUCGCCUAUAUCCAGAAGCUUGUCACCAAGCUCUGGCAGCCACCUUGGGUCUCGUAUACUAUAAGAUCCGCAACGAGAUGGGUGAAGGCCGUCAUUCUCACCUCAUGCCUGCUCAUGCGGCUGCUCCCAAACGCACCCAGGAGGAAAUUGUAUCUCCACAAUCCUCUCCCAGACGCCGAAAGGUAGCUCGUCGUUCGCAAGACAUUGCAUCGCCAACAGGAAGCGCCCUUCCUCACAAGAUCAUCACCAAUUUCAUGACUGCUCCAGCCGGUGAUGCCAAGUCUAUUGUGUCCGAGGGACUCGACAAGCUCGUCUGGAACGUCGAACAGACCCAGAUCUCAGAGGAGACGAUGUCUAAGUUCUCAGACUUCGUCAGGGAUGAGCCUAACGCUCUGUUGCUCCUUCAAGCCCUCGAGCGUGGCCGUAUCAAGUUGCAGCCUAGCCAUAUGGAGCGAGCCCGCGUCUCUCCUACCGAGACGUCUUCCAAACGAAGCUUCAGGUCUGCAAAGCGUGGUCCGCACGAGUCUGGCUUGGGUGAGGCAAAGAGUGAUGAUUUUCCUAGUGAGAUGAACACCGUGCCAACCGAGAUCAUGUCUCCGCAUUCUGCCUCUCGGUCCGAAGCUGAGCAAGAAGACGAGGAUGAGGCUCCCCCUUCAUCAUCUCCCCCUGAAGCUAAGGAAUAG